AACGCUGUCCACGGCUGAAACAGAGCAGAGGGAGCAGCACAGACAAAGCGGCGAGAAACUUUCACGCUGCUAAUCGCCAGUUCUGUCCCACAAGCAUGGAUUUACAGAAGACAGCGGCGGUGCAGUACAUUCAACACCCCUCUGAGGGGAUGAAAGCGACAUUGGAGUGAAUUUAAAGUCCUGCUGCUGAAUGGACGAGUUUGUUGAUAUUGUCUCCGCGCGUCGAUGAUGAAGCUUUACAAUGCAACAGCUGGGAUCUAUGCCCCUGGCAGUAAAAGCAGUGUUCAUUCUCCAAUCAUCAUGCCAGGAGUGGUAUUUGACCGCUGGUGACCCCUCCGCCAGCUGUUAUAGUGUGGAUCUCUACCCAGGGGACACAGAGUAAAGCAGACAACAUGGUUCCCAACAAGUGGAUUAUGCAUCCAGUUCUUCACAAAUCACCUCCCAGAAGCUGGCUUGGCAUCCGGCUACGUCUCCAUGAGAAGCCCGCUCAGGAUGAGGAGUGUGUGGUUUGCCAGCACCCAGACUGCAGCGAGCGCCGUCACGCCUCAAAGGUGUGUCAUCAUCCAGACUGUCAGGAACUGAACGGUAAAAGCCCCCUGCACCUGUGUGAGUCAUGUGAUUCUAGCUGUCACCUGGAUGAGUCUGAUAGCAUGCACUUUGACAGGCAUCUGCGCUUCGACGUACAGACACAAGGUUCUAUCCUGGCGCGGAAUGUGUCCACGCGUUCCUGUCCCCCUCGCACAAGUCCCCGUUCAGACCUGGAUGAAGACGAAGAAGGAAGCACUGAACGAGGAGAACAUAAGACAGGAGGAAUGAAGCUGAAAGCCAGAGAAGGAAAAAAGCCCCGGCGGCGCCACACUGAUGACCCCAGGAAGGAGUGUUUUAGCCUCAAGUUUGACCUCAACAUAGACAUUGACACAGAGAUCGUCCCCGCUGUCAAGAAGAAGACAUUACGAGAGGUGCUCGGACCAAUUUUUGAGCGCAAGGGCAUUGAAUUAUCCCGAGUGGAUCUGUUCCUGGACCAGUCCAACACUCCACUCUCACUCGACUUUGAGGCGUAUCGUUUCGGAGGACAUUACCUCAAAGUGAAAGCUCGGCCAGGCGAUGAGCUGAAGGUGGAGCAGAGCGUGAAGGAUCUGCGCUCACUCAGUCUACCCUCCAUGAAUCCGCCAGUAGGGGGCAGCGUCUACAUCCUCACACCGGGCAGUGAGAGGCCAGAGCACGGGUCUUUACCGCGGCGGGAGAAUGUUGACGUACUGGGUCAGGCCCGUCGGAGGAAGAACAUGACCGAGUUUCUGGGUGAUGCCAACAUCCGAUCACCAGACACUAUGGCCAUGCUUGGUGGGCCUUUACCAGGUGGGGCUCCAGGAGGUUCAGUGGCCACCGGACCCGAUAACUGGAAGAACCGCGCCACCAGUCGGAUCAGCGUAUUCUUCGGCGCCGGAUCUGGAAAGGAGGUGGACCGCGUGGAGCUCCUUCAGACUAAGUUGCAGGCGUACACACAGUUCGGUCUGCCCAAGGUUCCUUUUCAGCUCGCCUUCCACCAGGAUUCCUGGGAAGAGGAAGAGGAGGAGCCAAACCUGACACUCGAGGAGAGCUGGAGGGAACUGCUGGAAGACCCCGAGAGUCUAAGUAGACGUCAGUUUCAACAACAAGAAGCAAUAUGGGAACUGAUCCAAACCGAGGCUUCGUACAUCAAGAGACUCAGGGUCAUCACUGAUCUGUUCCAGUGCGGCCUGCUGAAUCUACAGGACAACGGUCUCCUGGUUGAGGUGGAGCCCCAGCGGCUCUUCAGCAACAUCCAUGACAUUGUACGUCUGCACUCCACACUGUGGGUUCAAGUCAUGCUUCCGGUGCUGGAGAAAGCACGAAGCACAAAGAUCUUGAUCGACCCCGCGGACCUGCAGCAGGGGUUCAGUACGUUUGCAUCCAGGUUCCAGCCGUAUGUCCGCUACUGUAUGGAGGAAGAGAGCUGUAUGGAGUACAUGCGCUCGCUGCUGAGAGACAAUGAAAUCUUCAAGAUCUACGUCACGUGGGCAGAAACAAAUAAACAGUGUAACCGUCUGAAGCUAUCGGACAUGAUAGCCAAACCGCACCAGAGACUCACCAAGUACCCUCUGCUCCUGAAGACCAUCCUGAAGAAAACCGACGAGCAGACCUCCAGAGAUGCUCUAAACAACAUGGUGGUGUGUGUGGAGAGCUUCAUUAACAGCGUGAACUCUCAGAUGCGCCAGAAACAGGAGAAGGAGAAACUGGCCACCUUUUCGGCUCGAGUGGAGUCGUACGAGGCCGUGGAGGGAGCCAGCGAGGAGGUGGAGAAGGCUCUAAAGGAGUUCAACGGAAUUGACCUGACCACACCGAUGAUUGACACUUCACCAGAAGCAAUCAGGCAACUGCACCUGGAGGGGGCGCUCCGCAUGAAAGAGGGCAAAGACGGCAGGAUGGAUGUUUACUGCUUCCUUUUCACUGAUCUGCUGCUGAUCACUAAACCAGUGAAGCGUUUGGAGAAGGUGAAAGUGAUCCGACAGCCUCUCCUCCUGCAGAAUGUGGUGUGCAGAGAACUCAAAGACACAGGCUCAUUUGUCCUCAUCUACCUCAAUGAGUUCAAGAACGCAGUGGCUGCUUACUCGUUCCAGGCCAACAGCGCCACCCAGGGGAAAAGUUGGACUGAUUCUAUUUGCAAUGUCCAGAAUCAGCUGCAGCGGUUGCGGUCAGAGGAAGCUCGCCGACAGAAGGCUUGUCUGAAGAAAAGACUAGUGGAAAAUCAGGAGGAAGAUGAGGACAGCUGUAACUCCAUACCUAGUUCUCCUCAAUUUAUACAUAAAAAUCAGAGCAAUAGCCAAUCAGAUGGCUCCGCAGAAACCCUGUCGGUGAUGGAUAUGGAUGAGUCUGGAUCAUCUUUGGAUCCUUCUACUCUUCAGUCUGACCUAGCUGGGCAUUCAGACCAUGAUGCCCGUGUGUCUCAGCUCUCUGACCCUGCCGUCCCACAGCGGGACUUUGAGCCCCAUCCGGACAGCCAGGAGGGCUCAGACCUGGACCCUCAGUGCUGCUCCAGUUCCAUAGAUAGCGCUUACGGGACCCUUUCACCAGAGACCAUGCUGGAAACCCAGAGUCAAGUGGCCCUGGGAGAGGAAGAUGAUUCCGAGGAUGACAAGGAGACGACGGGUGACGAGGGGGAAGAUGAGGAGCACGAAAAUGCAGAAGAUGAAGACGAUGAAGAAGAUAAAAGCUCAUUCGGAUCUCAGAACUCAGUGACGAAAAACGAAAACUCAGUUUCUGUAAAGCCCAGGUGCCGUCCGCCCAUCCUGUGUCGCCUGCCGUUUUUAGAGAGACUUACUGUCAAAUCCUGUUCCGAAGACAACCUGCUGUCCGCAGUUCACCAUUGUAACAGUAACCACAGUGUCACCAGGGCAGCCACAGAGUGCACAGGAAGUCGGGUUAAAUACUUAGAAGCGCCGCUCAGCAGGAGCCUGACGGAGCUCAACGCUGCUGAAUCAGACGAGAGUCUCCCGUCUGAUCCAGAGACGGAUGAAAGCUUCAGUCUCACAUGGAGCUUGCCCUCGAGCAUGCUUAUGGACACAUUGAGACGAGCCAGAAUUGCACAUGAGGCUGGUAGCAACCAGAUUCCCUGCAGUGCGUCAGACGGGGAGCUCUCGCCACCCUGUCGCCUGGAGCGAAAGGGCCGAUGUAAGAGACCCCAGCAGCACAGAAAACUCACACUGGCCCAACUCCACAGGAUACAGACCACACUGGUGCUCAACUCAACGCUCACAGCCUCAGAAGUGUAGCAUCUCUCUGGAACAGACGUUUUGGGACAACAUUGUGAGACUGAAUUCUGCAGGACACAAAUGCACUCUCCAGCUGCCCUCUCGCGCCCUCUUCCAGUCGGACGGAUUCCUCAGCGUGUAGCUUCCUGUCGUUUCUCAGACUCAUUAACUCCUUGCACUUUGUAAAACAACCAACUUCUAAGAGGUCAAAGCUUUUGGUGAAACUGCACCAUUAUCAGAACGAGAACCCAAGACCAAACGAUCAAAGAGAAAGUGUGACCGGAGCCCUUACCGCGGGACAUUUGAGGUUUCCAAGGGUCACGUGAUGCCGAAAGGAAGUAGAAAUGAGAACAUGAGAAUAAAACACAUCUUGGAUUCCUUAAUCACCCUGUUUGCUUUCUAAGAGUAUUUCUGCUUCGAGGAUGGAAGUGAUUCAUGUUAACUGCACUACUGUUAUGUGACUGUGUUUAUUUUUGAAUGAGAAAGUGUGCGAAUUCACGUGCAUUUGUGUAUGACUGAGUGCGUUAUAAUUCUCGACCUAAACCCAAUCACUGUUUGACUUCAGAUAACUUGAGUAGCCACUACGGCACGUUACACAUUAACUAAGGACCAGUGUCAUGUUCUUAUGGCAGGAAUACUUCUGUCAUGCUACUGCUUAUACUAUUGAAUCUUUGGGUUGACGCAGCUUAAGUUAUACAUCAAACCUUUUACUGUAUAUUGUGUUGUGUGGGUCAAGUUGGAUUCAUAAAUGCAUGAUGAUAUCCAAAAUGCUCCAGCAGAUGUGCAGCUAAAGGCAAACAGAAAAUGAAAAAACUCUGUAUUUUGGUUUAUAGCAUUUAAGGAUUCAGGAAGCGUCGCCUGACACUAGAUGAGCACUUAUUAGAGUUUAGCUGACACUGAAUAGGGUGUUUGGUUUAAGUGAAAGCUCAUGUUAGUUUUCAAGCAUUAACAGAUGUAUUGAUGAUUUAUUGUAUGUUUUUGUAAUCUUUUGAUUUCACAGAUACUGCUGUUCCCCGUAAGAUUAAACUGAAACUAACUGGUGCAUUAACUAAACCAAGCCCUUCUGAACUCCCUUUUUGAAAGAAACAAAAAAGAAAAAUGCCCUGCCCAAAGAAAAUAUGGUGUAUUGUCUGUUUACUGAUUAGGCUUUUUGUGUUUGUCAUAUUUAUUGAGCUUGCAUUGUUUUAUAUAUAAAAUAUGGUCUAUAAUAGUUUAAUUUCACAUUACUGUUGUAUUAUAUAUAUUUUUUCUCUUCGUUUUAAUUAGUUUAAUUUGUUCAUUGUCAUUUGAUGAAUUCAUUUCGCAAUCUGCUAAGAACCAAAAUAACCUUGUUUUCCCAUGUGAGGGAGUGUUCCUUAAAUGUCUUUCGAAAUAAAAGACAUGUUUCAGUA